UAGCCUGACGCGUAGGCCGUAUUGUAUCGUAUUCCCAUGGACGCACCUCCGACCCAAUCAGUUCGUUUAGUCUUUAGUUUAUAGUUUUCCAACGAUUUUCCUAUUAGUGUGAUUUCGUUUUUACGUGUGUUCUUUCGGGACCUACUGCACACAAUACGGAGCUGCUUCACUGAGUACAACAAAUCGUGGAUUUUUUUCUGUGAUGUGCCUUACGUAUAAGGGUUGCAUUUUCUGUUGAAAUUUUCAACAAACGGCAUUUGUUUGCAGUAUUUUCUUACGUUUGUUUUCCAUUUCAAACGUACAAUAGCGGCUUUAAUAAUUUCACAGUUUGUUGUUUGAUUGUUGGAUAUACAGUAGCUUGAAGGAAGCAACUGGUUGCUCCAGUAGUUUUCAGAACUAACCUUUGUUUGAAAACGUCCUAAACAUUAAUUUCCUAAAGGCAAGCGUCGCGAAGCAGGUGAGGAUGGGCUGCGCCGCGAGUUCCAGCGACGACAAGGCCGCGGCCGAGAGGUCGAAGAAGAUCGACAAAGACCUGCGGGCGGACGGCGAGAAGGCGGCGAACGAGGUGAAGCUGCUGCUGCUCGGUGCCGGCGAGUCGGGCAAGUCGACGAUCGUCAAGCAGAUGAAGAUCAUCCACGAGAGCGGCUUCAGCCCGGACGAGUGCGAGCAGAACAAGCCGGUGGUCUACAGUAACACCAUCCAGAGCUUGAUGACCAUCAUCAGGGCGAUGGGCCAGCUGAAGAUCGAGUUUGCCGAGGCGAGCAAGGCCAACCUGGCCAGGGAGUUCUUUGCGAUGGCCUCGUCGACGCCCGAGGGCGAGCUCGGGCCCGAGCUGGUGGGCUUGAUGAAGGGCCUCUGGCAAGACGCCGGCGUGCAGGCCUGCUUCGCGCGCAGCCGCGAGUACCAGCUGAACGACUCGGCGGCCUAUUACCUGAACGCCCUCGACCGCAUCACCCAGCCGGGCUACGUGCCCAGCCAGCAGGACGUGCUCAAGACCAGGAUCAAGACCACCGGUAUCGUCGAGACCCGCUUCUCCUUCAAAGGCCUGCAGUUCAAGAUGUUCGAUGUGGGCGGCCAGCGCAGCGAGCGCAAGAAGUGGAUCCAUUGUUUCGAGGACGUCACCGCCAUCAUCUUCUGCGUGGCCCUCAGUGAGUACGACCUGGUGCUCGCCGAGGACGAGGAGAUGAACCGCAUGAUCGAGUCCAUGAAGCUCUUCGACUCGAUCUGCAACAGCAAAUGGUUCGUCGAUACCUCCAUCAUUCUCUUCCUCAACAAGAAGGACAUCUUCGCCGAGAAAAUCGCCAAGAGCCCGCUCACCAUCUGCUUCCCCGAGUACAGUGGGCCCAACACCUUCGACGAGUGCGCCGCCUAUAUACAGAUCAAGUUCGAGGACCUAAACCAGCGCAAAGAGCAGAAGCAGAUAUAUUCUCAUCUUACGUGCGCCACCGACACCAGCAACAUCCAGUUCGUCUUCGACGCCGUCACCGACGUCAUUAUACAAAACAACCUCAGCAGCUGCGGCCUCAUCAGCUGAAUCAUUUUCCUUUUCCUCGUUCGCCCUGUCGAGCCACCAUUCUUUCAGUCUGUGUCCUAGUUAUGUAGAUUUUCUGUUUGUUUGUUGUAGUGGUGUCAAUGAGCAGCAGUCCAGUGAGGUACGAACUGAUUUUAUUUUACCCUUAGUCGCAGCUGUCCUUUGUUCGACAAUGCAAACCUUUGCCAAUGCAAUUAACUUAUUUAAAUCAACAGUAGGAAAAUCGCUUAUUUUCGCUUGAAACUUUUCUAUUUUUAUUUUAGGACGCGCGCUACCUAGACAUGACAAAAACUAGUUACAUAAUUAUGUACGAGGAUGAAGUUUAUAUGAACAUUUACUGUUGCGUACUUUUUUAUUUAGUGAGCUUUUUUUCGAGACUGCUUAUUUUGAAGAACGAAAGAAAAACUAUGAUAAUGAACUAAUCAGCUUGCAUUUAUUUAUCGAUUAUUGUUUUACGCGCAGAUAAUAUAACAACUAAUCAUGCCUUAGAUUCAAUUGGAAAUCAAAUUGACAAAAUCAAUCGACAAAGAUAUUUAAUGCAUAGUCAGAAGCUAGUUUUUCUUUUUUCCAUGAUAAAUAUAUUUUUGUAAGUUGAAUAUAUCAGAAUUUUUCGUCAAAGCUUCAACGGAUCCAUGAAACGUACUCACCUGAUGAGUUUUUUAUGAGACUAUUUUAUAAACACAUUAAUAGCUUUAAUGUUAUUCCAAGAGAAAAUAUGUGUUUCUGCUCCAGUGGCACAUUAUUGCAGUGUUUGAUUUCACUAUUCGAAAUUCCACGUAACAAAUAAACUAUUAUUUCUACUGAUUUAUAAAUGUUUACUAUGGUAAUGACGGUGAGAACAAUGCAUACCUCAAUGUAAAGUUAAGCUCAAAGACUACUCUACGUGACUAAUACUGCGAUAAUUUUGAAAUAGCCAUUGAAAGACUCGAUAAACAAGUAAAGUAUUAUUUUUUUAAUUUUUGACUCGAAAUGAAACGCACAUGCAUAUUAUUUCCGAAAUGAUGAACAUGUAUUUUUUUAAUAAUUUUAAGAUUAGUUGUUCUAGAUGUAUGUAAAUGUGAACGUAUGGUCGUGAAAAAUCGUAUAAACACUAUAAUUUGUAUCGUAACUCAACAAAGAUUGAAACAAACUUGUUAAUGUGGAACGUAAUUGUAAUUUUGUGUGAGUAUAACUUCUUAAACAUGAUAAAAGAUAUUGGUAGAUUUGAUCAAAAGUCAUAUUGGUGUUUAUCGCACUAAUCAUAUUUACCUCGACGUUUAACUUUGAAGAAAUUAUGUGUGAGUGAAAAAUUAUGUAAAAUUUAACAAGCAUUUACCAAAAAAUUAAUCUUAUGUAUAUUGUCGAUAAAAAUGUAAGUUAAUGAUGAUAAUUUAUCAACAAUUGUUGAUCAUCACAGUCCGAUCGCCUUAAAAUAUUUCACUCGAUAAAGGCUCUAAUAUUUUUUUAAACAAUUGAGAAUAUAUUGAAAUAUACUUUCGAGUGUAAAUAUUACACAUUGUCGUUCUUUCCAACUUGAUGACAAGCUCGGUUCUGAAAUUGGCAAUCGACGAGGGUUGAAAAGACGACAGUGGAUGUCUCUGGAAGAUUUUGUAUAAAAAAUAAAAUAUUUAUUUUGUAUUUAUAAAUGUGUAUUGAUAAUUGUAUGAGAAAUGAAGGAAUUGAAUAAAAAUGU